CCGGGGUUGUGAGCUCGAGCAGACAUUUCAUCUCUUUGCAGCGUCUGUUUGUGGAGAAGAAGCUCAACAACUCACCAUGUCUGGAAGAGGAAAGACCGGAGCGAAGACCCGUGCUAAGGCCAAGACCCGCAGCUCCCGAGCCGGGCUCCAGUUCCCGGUCGGCCGCGUCCACCGCCUCCUCCGGAAGGGAAACUACGCGGAGCGCGUCGGAGCCGGAGCUCCGGUGUACCUGGCGGCCGUGCUGGAGUACCUCACCGCGGAGAUCCUGGAGCUGGCUGGGAACGCAGCUAGAGACAACAAGAAGACCAGGAUCAUACCCAGGCACCUGCAGCUGGCUGUCCGCAACGACGAGGAGCUGAACAAGCUGCUGGGUGGAGUGACCAUCGCUCAGGGAGGAGUGCUGCCCAACAUCCAAGCGGUGCUGCUGCCAAAGAAGACCGGAGGGGCUGCAGCGAGCUCCGGCAAGGCGGGAGGGAAGAAGGCCUCCUCUCAGUCUCAGGAGUACUAGACCAGCUGGCUAGUAACUUUAACCCCAAAAGGCCCUUUUAAGGGCCACCCACCCCUCAUUGAAAGAUCAGAGUUC